AGGUCUUUAUUUGAUACAAAAAUACACAAUAUUAAAAAUGUUUUUUUAACGCAUACGAAAUGAACUCCAUUUGAAAUGGGAGUAUCAACCAGUGUGUGGGCGUCAUAUGUCUUGUGAUUUACGUAGCGAUUAAAAUUUUAAUGUUGCCUCGUCAUAAAACGUCAUGCGACUGUUAUUCUCGUAUUCAUUCAAUAGUACUGUCACAAAAAAAUGAACUUACCCUUUAGACUAUUCUCGAACUGCUCCAAAUUUAUUGGGAGUUCUUUGAUCAUAAAAUAUUCAUAGAUGCGACGUUUGCUAUCGCACGAAAACAGUCGUCUAUUUUUGAAGCAAAAAAAAACUGGUUCGUUUUAUGAUAUUUGAAGUAUCGAUUGAUGGCUUACAUUGAUCGAGAGACUUAGGGAACCCUCUAUUUUCAUUGAACCAUUUCUGAAGAAAAAAAAGACUAAUAAAAGUGGCGUCGGCUUGUCCGAUCCCAUUCAUUUGUGAAUUUAUUGAUUCCAUACUCUCGGCAAUCACACACACAACAGAUAGACAAUAAAUGAUAUAGAAGCAGCUCCCUCUCUUAAAAUAAAAAUGAAUAAAAUAUGAAAAAUUCGGUUUGAAUUUCAUAUUCAACGAGCCAACCAUAAUUAUGAAUAUUGUGAAUGAAUUGGCUGUAAAAAUAUAUACAUGCAUUUGAUCCUGAAUUCAUCCAAACGAAAAUCACCGCAAUAGAAAUGGGAAAAAAAUGAAAAAGCAGAACGAAAUGAAACUAGAACUACCACAACAAGCACGGAGAAUGGCAUAUAUCGAUUGAUUGCGCGCGCAAAAGUCUCCAGCAAAAUUUUCCAACGGUUUCGCAUAAAUAUGCCGCGUUGCGUUUGACUGUAUGGGUUGGUUAUUGUGUAUGCUUGGCUGUAUGGCUGAAUGUUUAUAAGUAAAACUAGUCACAGUAGUUGUGCUAAUGUUUCCCCUAGAAUUUAAAAACGACGACGGCAACCGCAACAACAACAACAACAGCAACACACAAUUUUGAAAACGAAUUUGAAAUUACCACCACACAUAUGGCCAUCUCGUGCCAUUAAAGCUUUCAAAUGACGUUUUCGCCUCAACUUCCGCAAUUCCUCUGGCACAGUCACACCGAUCAACUGGAUACUAUACAGCGAAUCACAUUCGGUCACUAUACUCUCUUCGCGAAAUUUGCUCUAUUUACCACAAUUUUUUUCUUGAACUCGAUACACAUGUCAAUACAUUUCUCUAAAGUUUAAAAUUCUCCAUUUCAUUUUCAUCAUCUCAUCGGAUCGAACGGAAAAUCUAUUCUUAAAAAAAAAAUUUCAAAUAAAAUUGCGUCUUUUUUCCCUAUAAAUAAUUGUUAUUGUUAUAUGUUUUUUGUGUAUUUGGUACUUCCAAAUGGGCAACAUCCGUUUAGUGUCUUCGACAUUUAAAAUAAAUUGAUUUUUUCCACAUCGAAGUGCAUUGUUUUGAUUAUCUCUCGACGAAAUUCAAUUAAGUUUGACAUCCAUUUGUGAUUUUAUUGAUAAAAAUAUGCCAGACGACAGCAAAUGAAUGGAAAAAUUGGUGCUUGCGAUAUUAAUUUAAGCUAUUGUGUUGAGAUUUGAUGCAAAGAAUAAGAAGAAGAAGCUUUUGACAUAAAUCACGUAGUAGAGAGUAGGUCAGUUAUGUAAUAAGAAAAAUUUAAGAGCGAAAAACAUUGUUGUCUUGUAAUCGCAGCCUCAGUGCAAGUGGAUGAUUCUGUUGUUGUUGUUAUUGUCUUUGCUGGAUAUUGUGUGUGCUUUGUAUGCAUAAGACAUAUUGAUAUAGACAAAGAGGCACCAUCAUCGUUCCAUAUCCUACUAUAUACUAAUUUUUUGCUCAAUUACAUGGUUCAUGGUAACGAAUUUUAACUAUGUUGACAUAAUGCAUGCAAUAAAUUUAUGUUGACAUUUUGCAUGCAUGACCAAACAUGGCCGACGACGACGCCACACCAAAAAAAUAACAAUUUUUCAACAUAAAAUUAGUGUGUUUUUUUUCUGUUCUAAAUGAAAUUGGUUCUGCACUGAUUUGAUGGUGUUUGUGCUUUGGCUUCACUAACCUACUACAACAUAUGGAGCGCACCUAAUGGACGCGACGUUUCAAUGUAACAGUAGAACAUACAUACCGCACACAUAUAGUGAGCCUGUAACACGAAAACCCAUUUUAAACUGAAAAUACAAUGUGCUGUACAUAUGCGAAUUGGUGUAUGAACUAGGCAACGCACGCAAGGCAAAUCUGUUUUGAUCAAUAAAACGACCGUGCUGAAAAAUAUUGUCAAUCGCUUCAUUUGAAAGGAAAAGAAAAUCCUUGCCCUUUCCAAAAGAAAAAUACAGAAUAGUAAUUUACAAAAUUGACCACAUGCUGUUUUACGGAAUUGGCCACCAUUGGAUGGUGUAAUAAUAGGCUAGAAAUUCGGUUUCGAUUUACAAGGACAUUGAAUAGAUAUAGAGAGUGAUACGGGGAGAGAGCGAAAAACAAACAAAUCAUAGAAAGAGAGUGGGCGAGUGUGUGAAAAAUGGGUAAAAAGAAGAAGAUUGCAGUGGAGGAUUUGGUGGUACCGCCUCAGAAUCAUCGUAUUUGCGGCACAAUCUGUAUUUGUCAAAUGACUUUUGUAUUGAGCUCGGUUGCCAUAGUUUAUUUAACGGUAGCAAUUUAUAUGCCAUCGUCGCGUGCGAUAAAAAGUGGUAUUAGUGAAGUGCCCGUCAUGUGCACCACCCUCCGGGCCGUCAAUACCGAAAUGUGCGAUUGGGGCUCAUGCGGUGAAUGGUGUUUGAGUAAAACAUCCGGUGCGUGCAUUCAAAUCUAUGUGAAUUUGCGAAACAAUGGCAGCAGUUUGACAUUUGCCAAUUGUACGAACAGUGCGAAUAAGACUUGUUACGGUAUCGAUCAGGAGAAUGCAAAGAAAGCACGUUGCAUUGCCGACGAGUGUAAGAAUUUAACGGGAACGUUCAACUGUACGAUGGGCAUGUGUUUGAAUAUCACCGAUGCGUUUGAAUGUGUUUUCCAUAAUACGGAUGCGCCGAUGAAGUGUUCGGGUCGACGCGGUAAAAUCACUUGUAUCGACAUCGAUGGACUUUUUUCGUGUAGCCGUGGAACUUGCCGCAAAAUCCGUACACCAUACAACUGCGAUAGACGUUGUGUUGACAUUCCAGUUCGCAAUAAAAACAUUGUUUUGCUCAGCGGCGAUAAGGUGUAUUUGUCGCAGUGUGAAAGUGCGUUUGACGCAAUGACUGGACUCGAAGUGUGGAAUGAUACACAGAACAAUGUGUUGAUGGCCAGUUGCUAUCAAAUCAAAAAUACAUCGGUCGGCGUUGAAGCGUUCGAUUGUGUAAAUGGCUCGGUGUUGGCAAAUAAUAUUCUGGGUGAUUUAAUCAAUUUCACCUAUUUGAGCUAUUUACAUGUGUUCAGUACGACACCGGUUAAGGCCAUUGCUCCGAUAGAUUUAGAUAUAUCGAUUUACAAUGAAUCACGACUCAUGAUCAAUUUGGAGGGUUGUGUGAAUACAUUGAAAGACGAGUGCCGUGAAUUUUUAAAAGAUUAUGGCAAAGAUGGCACCGAUCACAAUGCACGGGCUCGUUUCCCAUGCUUUUUCUCGUUGAAUGAUCCGAGCGUGGUGGUUUCACGUUUCAAUCUUGCACAAACUUAUUUCCAAUUGUACAUCGGUUCCAUCGUGCCGACCGUACUGUUUAUCGUCUCUUGCACAUGUUUGGUGCUGUGUCAACGCACGGUUGUUGUUGGCGACGAUGCAAGAAUGCGAUUCAAAGGCUGCGGCACAGACACAUUGGCUCCUUCGGCUACACAAGAAAAUAUUGAAGAGGCCGUUACACGUCAAUAUAAUGCUGCGGAAAGUAACGAUGUUAUGGCACUAUGAGAUCAAUCACGCAUUCCUCUGCUACGUGAAGAGACGUAAAGAUAGCGAGCCCAGUUCAUUAAUCUAGUUUUUUUUCUUCGCCACCACAAUAAACCACAUUUAUUUCCUCACAAAUAAUAUCCAAGUGCACGAAUCACACGAUUAACCAAAAAAAUCAUUUUUUUAAUCAAAUAAUAAUUGCAACGCUAUUGCGCGCGCAUCGAAAUUAAAUCCACAAGCAAAGUCUUCGUGAUCACAGCUCACUUACGAAUUUUUUAAUCCAAAGAAGAGAAUCCAAAGGUAACGAAACAUAAAAUAGGUCUUACAUCCACUUCGGCAUAAAACUGUAGAGAUUGUUUCAGUAGCCGAUCAAAUCGAACAAAAUCGAAAUUUACCACAUGACAGUACGGGAGUAAUUUUCUUUAUUUAGUUUUGUUCUACGAACUGGAGACUAGAAGCAAUAAAAAAAGAAACCAAAAUCACGAUCAACCAACAACCUCUUUGAGUACCGAGGGAUGCGUGUUAAAAAAAUUCAAUAACGAAAUCUCAAACCAAACAAAAUGGUUUGAUAGCCAGCCAACCAGAAUUAAAUUAGGUGUUCACUUAACAACGCUCAACACAAAAACACAAAACAAACAACCAGAAUACACAUACAACAUAAUUAGAUUCACCGAAUCGAACAGCAUUUUGGACUAAGCCACAGACAAAAACAAAGCACAAACGAUUUUCGCCGUCUUUUUUUUAAACCAAAAAAAUGUGUCACACAGCUUAAAUAAAAAUCAACGAGUAGCUUAAAAUCAAGUAGUAAAUACCAAUUUGCAAUUAAUCAAAGAAAAA